UCCCGGCCGGCGGCGGCAUGGAGCGGCCCGAGGCCUACGGCUUCUCCGCCGCUAUGAGCGGCAGCUUCCUGCUGUCGUGCCUGCUCUUCGCGGCCGUCAGCCGCCACCAGCGCGGACCCUACAUGGACGAGGUCUUCCACGUCCCGCAGGCGCAGGCCUACUGCCACGGCCGCUUCCUCCAGUGGGACCCUAUGAUCACCACGCUGCCGGGCUUGUACCUGGUCUCGGUGGGAGUUGUGAAGCCAGCGGUGUGGCUCUUCGGGUGGACGGGAAGCGUGGUGUGCUCUGUGGGAAUGCUCAGGUUUAUCAACCUCCUUUUCAGUGCUGGGAACUUCUAUUUGCUGUAUUUACUUCUGCUCAAGAUCCAUCAGAAGAACAAGGCUGUGUCUGGUUUCCAGAGAAUCUUGUCUACAUUAACUCUUGCAAUAUUUCCCACCCUUUACUUUUUCACAUUCCUUUAUUACACAGAUGCAGGAUCAGUAUUUUUUACUCUAUUUUCCUAUUUAAUGUGCCUUUAUGGUAACCAUAAAACUUCAGCUCUCCUUGGAUUUUGUGGCUUCAUGUUCCGUCAGACAAAUAUUGUGUGGACAGUAUUCUGUGCUGGAAAUGUUGUUGCAGAGAAGCUAAAUGAAGCCUGGAAGACAGAGCUAGAAAAAAAGAAAGAUGAAAAGAUUUCCUCCAGGAAAGGAUCAUUUUCAGAUUUACUCAGAGCAUUGUGUUUUCUCACUGAGUAUCUCACAUCACCUGAAAACUUGAUCACACUUACUGCUUUAACUUGGCCAUACAUCGUGUUAGUAACUGGGUUCUUUGGUUUUGUCUUCAUCAAUGGUGGAAUAGUUGUUGGUGACCGAAGCAGCCACGAAGCCUGUUUGCACUUUCCUCAGCUGUUCUAUUUUCUCUCCUUUACUGUCUUUUUUUCAUUCCCUCAUUUAUUGACCCCUACUAAGGUGAGGAAAUUCCUUCUGUCACUACGAAAGCACCCUGUGCAGUACAGUUUAAUUACUCUCAUCUCCUUAUUCCUGAUCUGGAAAUUUACCUAUGUUCAUAAGUACUUACUAGCAGAUAACAGACAUUAUACAUUUUAUGUGUGGAGAAAAGUCUUCCAAAGACAUGAGCUUGUAAAGUACACAUUAGUUCCAGUCUAUGUGUUUGCUGGCUGGAGUUUUGCUGAUACACUAAAAUCAAAAUCGAUAUUCUGGAUCUUAAUGUAUUUUGUAUGUUUAUUAGCAGUCACAGUUCCUCAAAAAUUGUUAGAAUUUCGUUACUUUAUUUUGCCCUUCUUAAUAUAUAGGCUCAAUAUUCCCUUUCCAUCUCUGUAUAGACAACUCCUGGAGUUGGCUUUUUAUAUUGUUGUGAAUGCUGUAACUUUAUAUCUUUUUCUAAACAGAACAUUCCAAUGGCCAAAUAGUGAUGAAAUCCAGAGGUUUAUGUGGUGAUGACUUUGUCUUUUUUUUUUGAUAUUUUCAUGCCCUUCGGAAAUCCCAGUUCUGUUUCAGGACUGUGGACUCUGGAGUGAAGAAAAAUGUUUUGCAGUAUGUAGGGACUUUUUUCCCCAGUUGGAACUGAGGAAGUAAGCUACUUGCUUAUAUUCUUGCCACUGGAUGUGAGGUCUGAUAUGUUACAAUGUGAAGAUAUUAUGUAUAUUGGCUUUCUGAGCUCCUGGAAUUAACGGAUUCAAUAUGAGGGCAAAUUUGAGAACACCUUUCUGUAAUUAAUGUGAAAUAAGGGAGAUGUUUGUAGUCAUUUUUCAUUAUAAUAAAAUAUUAAACAACAUGCCUUUGAAGGUAUGACAGUCUCUAAGUAUGUUUCAGAGGUUUCUUUUUAAAAACAAAGUAUUAGGUGGGUAAUCUUUUUGUUAUCUCUGAAUGCAUAUUUACUCCUUGGACCAGGCCACUUCCUUCAGGGUUUGCUGGAGGUCAAGGUAUGAACCACUGCUGAAGUUAAGUGUUUUCAAAACCUCCUACAUCCCGAAGAAUUGUCAAGAUUCUUUUGUCAAUAAAUGCUUACAUUAGUUUUGCAAACAGAAUGUAGGCUCUCAAAUCAUUAGAGCAUUUUAAAAAUUGCUUUCAAACUGAUAUUUAGAAAAUACCAUGGAGGCUCUGUGCAUGUACCUUCUUUGGGGAAUAAAUGUUAUUGUACAACAAAAGAAAUUGCAGUUGAUAACAUUACCAGGGAGUCAUUUACGUAUAUCAGGCUGAAACGUGUCGUUACACAGUGGAAUGCAGUCUAAUGAAUACCCUUUUAAAUAAUCAGGCUUUUAUGUCCUGAGGGGCUGAGUUCACAGGUUUGUAUUGAAGUAGGGUAUGAGUGCACUUCCAAGUUGAACUGAGUAUUUCUAAGACCUUUGAUGUGUAAUCCUGGAGAAAUAGUAAUGGCAUUACUGAAUUGUUCUUUUAAAUGGUUUUCAUAUGUACACAAAUCUAAUGGAACUGAGGAGUAUAUAUUUUGUUUUACAAAGGUAAAGUACAAUGUGUGUACAUAUGUAUUUUUUUAAAAGGCUUCUGGUGCAUGAUCAUCACAAUAGAAGAAGGCUGUAAUGGUUCCUGUCAGUAAAUGACUUCAAUUAGGCUCAAAAGUGUUCAACUGCUUUAAGUUCACUAUUAAAGUGAUUUUAUAAAUAUAACCAAAUUAUGUGGUGGGGAUGUGUGUGUGUGUGUGUCCAAAACUUCACAUACUGUAGAGCAUCUUGAAGUUCUUUCUUGUUCUGAAGUGAAAAUACUGGAGGCAAAUCUGUGCAAACACAUGAUAUUAUUGACACUCCAGUCACUCUGAAAUGGAAUUGUUUCUCAACAAAGAUGAGUACUGUGGAGUUAUUUAUGCACAUCAGUACUGUAUUGUUUUUCUUUUGUAAUGUCCUGUCUCUGAUUCCUUCCCUACACUAACACCAUGAAGAGUGUGGUUAAAUCAGAUUCUCCUGUCCAAUGUCUUUGCAACCCUGUUUCUUCUAAGGAAAUCUUAAGGCCACUCUUCAAUGAGUAGCUUUAUUCAUAUUGAAUUUAAGACAUUUGCCAGCUCACUGUUUGCUUCCUGGCCUAUUGCCAGCGUGGUUAUUUGUUGGUAAUGUGUGUACCAUAGGGAAAGCCAUUUUCUACCAGACCCUGUUUGUUUUACCAAGUUGAAUGGACAAGAGAAACCCAAAAUGGGUUGCUUUUCAAGAACCAGCAUGAUUCUUCCAGAGUCCAGCACGUUGUCUUGUGUUGUGAUUUUUAG